CAGUACAUACCUAGCCGGAACCCACCGUGCCGGGUAAUCGGAAAAUAAGUGAAACGAUAUCGUAUCGGAUCGGCACGUCGAGUUGACCGUUUGACAAUUCGCCAUUAAGAGGAAGAGAGAGGCGUGUACUUCAGUAAUUAUCGUAGAAUCGCGUGACAAUGUUAAAAUAAGAAGGGUAAAAACGAGAACGCUUUCCGCGAAUACUAAAAUCGCGAUAGUGAAAACGAACAAAAUAUCUCAAUGGUUCUCCGUGGCUUAUUAGCCCCUGCGGCAGCUCGUUGGAGGAGAAAUAAAACUGCGAAAAGAAGCCAGAGCGUCGUUCGGGACAGCGUAAACGCGUCGGUCGGCCAAUUAGGACUGUCACGUUAUGGACCGCAGGUGAUGAGCGUGCUGUGUUUAUGCACCUCCAGCAUCCAUCAAUCUACCCGUAACGUCACGCACACCGGCAAGAUACUCCCGAGUCCGCCGUUAGACACCCUUUGCGAGCAGCAAAUAACGCCCUCGCAAGAAAUACCCACUGACGAGCUGGCUCUAUUAGCUAAGCUGGAGGAAGCCAAUAGGCUGAUCGAAUCCGAUGCAAAAUCAUUGAACUCUCUCCAAAGCAAUCAUAGCAGAAAGGGCUCCGAUACAUCACAGGUGUCUGUGGCGUCGGGGGGCAGCGGAGGAAACGGCGAUGCUGCGCCCCGACGCCACAACCCAGCCGAUGGUGAAGAAAAUACGUGGACUCUUUGGGGUCACAUAGUAUCUGAUUGGGAUUACCAUUGGAAGAAACGAAAAGAAUUUGUUAAGGAAUUGGUUCGUCAAGGCAUACCUCAUCAUUUUAGAGGCAUUGUGUGGCAGUUAUUAAGCGGUGCUCAUGAUUCUCCCGUUAAGAAACAAUUCGCUGAGUACAUUAAAGCAACAUCAGCCUGUGAGAGGAUAAUUAGAAGGGAUAUCGCUAGGACAUAUCCUGAACAUGAUUUUUUUAAGGAAAAAGAUGGUCUUGGUCAGGAAAGUCUAUUUAAUGUUAUGAAAGCGUAUAGCCUUCAUGAUCGUGAAGUAGGAUACUGCCAAGGCUCAGGAUUCAUAGUAGGAUUACUUUUAAUGCAGCAAAUGCCGGAAGAAGAAGCUUUUGCUGUACUCGUAGCGCUUAUGCAAGAGUAUCGUUUACGGGAUAUGUUCAAACCAAGUAUGGCUGAAUUAGGGGUAUGCAUGUAUCAAUUGGAACAUUUAGUUGCUGACACGCAUCCCGAACUUCAUGCUCACUUCACGGCCCAAGGUUUUCAUACGUCGAUGUAUGCGUCCUCUUGGUUUCUUACAUUAUUCACCACAGCGCUAAGUCUUCCCCUCGCAUGUCGCAUUUUUGACGUCUUUCUCUCAGAAGGCAUGGAAAUUAUCUUCAAAGUUGCAUUGGCAAUGUUACAUUUAGGCAAAGAAGAUUUGCUCAGUUUAGAUAUGGAAGGCAUGUUGAAGUUUUUCCAAAAGCAAUUGCCUGGAAAGGCUGAAAAAGAUCCUGAUGGUCUCAUGAUGCUCGCUUAUGGAAUGAAAAUUAACACGAAAAGAAUGAAAAAAUUGGAAAAGGACUACACUAUUCUAAAGAUGAAGGAACAGGAAGAAAUGGUCGAGCUUCGCAGACUUAGAGCAGAUAAUAGAUUGCUUAGACAAAGAACUGAACUUUUAGAAGCGGAAUCUGCGGAACUGGCUGAUAGAUUAGUUAGAGGUCAAGUGUCACGAGCGGAAGAAGAAGAAACUGCUUUUAUAGCGCAGAGAGAAUUGGCAGCGCUUCGACAUUCGCAUCUCGAGACAAGUCAUCAGCUCGAACAAGCUCACGAAGAAUUGAGAUCCCUUUCGAUUCUUCUCGAGGAAAACAUGACAUCUAGACAGUCGUCACUCGACGAAAUAUUAGUGAAGCAAGAAGCAUUAUCACAGAAGGAAGAGAUGAUACAGUGUUUGCAAGAGGAAUUGGUUAGAGUUAGAUUACACGAAGCAGAAAAUGAUGCAUUAAUUAGGGAACUUAGAGGAAGAAUACAAGAAUUGGAACAAGAUAAGAAGACUUUGCGCGAAUCGACGCCAGACAACUCUGUUGCUCAUUUGCAAGAGGAACUCAUCGCAGUUAAGCUUAGAGAGGCGGAAGCUAAUUUAUCUUUAAAAGAUUUAAGACAAAGGGUUAUGGAACUAAGUGCAGCUUGGCAAAGGCAUUUACAAGAACAUCGAGCUGCUCAAUCAACACCUGCCGCUGAUUCUACUCCAAAGAAGUUGCUGUUUUGGGAAAAUAGAGGUCACGAAGUACAGAAGUUCGAGGAAGAUCUAAUGACGACUAGGAUUCGAGAGAUGGAAGCGUUAACCGAAGUUAAGGAACUACGACUUAAAGUUAUGGAGCUUGAAACUCAGGUGCAAGUGGCAACCAAUCAGCUUCGUAGACAAGAUGAAGGUAGGAAAGUACUUAAGGAUGAUUUGGAGGCUGCGUUAGCUCGGGAAAAGGAUCUGGCCGCCAAGCUUAGAGAACAACAGCAUAAAUACUCUGAUCUGGAAUCGAAAAUGAAGGACGAAGCUAUGAUGGCCAGGAUACGCGAUGCCGAACAUGCACAGCAAGUAGCGGAACUUACGCAGAAAAUAUCUCUUCUCGAAUUAAAGAACGAAGAGAUGCAUGCAGAAGGUGAACUUAGAAAUAACUUAGAUGACAGUGAAAAAGUAAGAGAACUUCAAGAUAAAGUCGCCGAAUUAAAAGCCGAGUUCCCCACGCCAAUCACCAGCCCGGAGACUGAGCCUUGGCGCUGGCUCGAGUCAUGAGGCUAGAGAGCUGGAAACAACGAUGGACGGGUCUCGGCGGACAAACCGUGCGAAGUUUCAGCGUCGAUACUGAAAGCGAAUUGGAUGAGCGGGAUCUCAGAAUUUGCUUACAGGAUCAUAUCAAUACGACCACGCCAAACUCACCCGAGGUAUAGAAUUCUAUGUAUACCAGACCAUUAGUAGGCAGCUAACUAAUACUCCGUUAUCGAUGCGUACGAAUCUUUUGUUCGUCGUUCGGCUUUCGCUGUAGGAAAUAACGCGCUUAGAUUAUAAUGUACGGGGAAAUAGACCCGUAUUAAUCCUGUUUAGUUACGUGUAUUACUACUAGGCCAAAUAUAACAAGUAUGCAUAGCCAAUUAAUUAAUUAUAUUAUAAUGAACGAAACAAUGAAAUAAUGAUAGACAUUUUCGAUAAUCGAUUCAAGUAAUCUCGAUCGUAAUCAGGAACAAUGGUUUUAAAGAAAUCAAAUUGUAAUUUAUAAUUCUAUAUUUGGAGAUUUCUUUAAAGUUACAUUUUCUUCUCAGAGCGGUCAUCUCAUAAAAUGAGAAACUUUGUUGUAAUGCUUUAUAUGUGCAGCACCAUAGACAAGUAUUGUUACUACAGCAGUAUAUUAUUAUAUUUUAUACAUAUUUUUAUUAUACUUAACAUAUUAUAUUUCAUGAAGUAUUACAGAGCAUUUGACGUUAUAGUUUUAAUCACAGAGUAUUAUAUAGAAUAUAAC